AUGUUAUUGAGGGAUUAUUUUAGGCACAUUUUAAGGGCGAUUUGGGGGAAUUUGGGGAAAGGCGAUUUUAGGUCAAGGAGGCAGCGAGGGAGGUGGGUGGACAAGGCGAGGGAGGUGGGUGGACAAGGUGAGGGAGGUGAAGGGGCAAAGAAGGCGACGAAGGAGGAAGAUGGGUUGAGGGAAGGCGAUUUUAGGGGUGGAGGGAGAAGGUGGAAAAUGAGGAUUUGGGUGAAGGACGCCGACGGAGGAGGUGAUGGAGGAGGAGGGAGCGAAGCGACCAGUGAAGGAGGAGGUGAGUGA